AUGUCCCAAAACUUUCGGUCGGUGAAAGAGGCGGAGCAUAACCUUCCUCCAAAGCGAAAGAGUCAGCCCAUCGCCCGGGUUAAGCCCCCCGGCUCAAAAAUCUCUUUCGAUAUGUUCAUUUACGCGCUUGCCUUUAUCACACUCGUCAUCUCCCUAUUCUACGCCUAUCGCCUGACGACGUGGAAAACCCAGGCUGGCGGAUGGAUCAACCUGCUCUUCGACAAGCAUCCGAACGAGCCCCUCAUCUCAACGAACUCCCCUCCCGGAACCAGCGGACUCAGCCUUGAAGCUCAGAUACGCAAUUUGGCUGAUGAGCUCGGCAUUCACCCCCGCGAACUCGCCGGCGCCAUCAAACCCCUGUUGCCCGCAGCCACCAGCUCCAGUAUUGCGGCCGCCAAUCCGAGUGGAACGGUCGUAAACGUGUUCGUUGAGACGGAGCCGGCUGGUGCCACGGCUGCGUCAGUCUUGGAGAAGGUCACUGGAAUGGCCGGCAUGGUUGGGAACGAUGAAGCCUUCUUGGAUGAGGGUUUCUGAUAAGCCAUCCACCCAAUCCGUAUGGCCGCAAGUAAUUUGAUUCAGAGUCCCCGUUUUCAUUCCGUAUACGUCCUGCUGCCUGACCAAUUCUUCGAAUGUGGGGCUACCCCCAAGAGGGCGGUCAAAGAUGUAAUGUGAUAUGGUGAUACGGAACUUUCCCGCAUUUUGCGUCGAAUACGGGUUUGGGAGCAUGAGAGGGUCGACAAAAAAUGAUCUCAUACACAUGCUAUAUGCCCCUCAACCGCUCCUAUUACAUCUGCUAAAUGCUACAUACGAAUGAUUU